AUGUAUAAACAGAGAGGCAUAGUACCAAUCAUUUGUGACGAAUUGUUUAAAGAAAUAGCAUCAAACACAAAAGAUAAUAAAAGAUUUGAGGUCACAUUUUCCAUGUUAGAAAUUUACAAUGAACAAGUCAGGGACUUGUUGGCGAAAGACAAUCCUAAAGGUGGUUUGACAGUCAGACAAAAUGCUAAACUUGGAAUGUUUUACGUAGAAGGAUUAAAGAACACACCGGUUGGAAGUUAUCAAGAAAUCGAGAAGAGAAUGGAACAAGGAUCUGAAAGAGCUGAUAGUACGGGUGCUACCGGAGAUAGAUUAAAAGAGGGAGCUAAUAUUAACAGAUCCUUAUCAGCUCUGGGUAACGUUAUAUCGGUUUAUGAAUUCUUGAUGACAUAA